CCGUCCUCCCCCCGCAGCGCGUGGGCGCAGGCGGAGGAGCCGCAGAGGGAACACCGGCCGGGAUAAAGGAGGCCUCAGAGAUAGACAAGCCCCAUGACGCAACGGCUUUACUCAAUGCGGCAAAGUGUGUGGAACAGGACACUACUUGCAGGGUUUCCCACGUCUCCUAUGACCAAAACCAGGCGGAGGACUCGGAAACUCACUGGUGUGACGUGACAGACCUUCCGACGACUCCUGGAAACCAGGUUCCCCCCGCGGACACCGCGCAGCAAGACGAUGCAAACCAUCACGGCGGCGUGCCUCGCGUUACUUUUUCUCCCUUGCGCGUUCGGCAGACGGGGGCGUAUAUUAUCUCCGCAUGAAACGGUCAUCUCCAGGUGGGGUCGCAAAGUGUUUACCACAACGGACAAAGAAUGUAAAUUCCCAUUCCGUCAGGGUGGAAGGAUUCACCACAACUGCCUCACCGUCCUCUCCUCCAAACCAUGGUGCUCCCUCACGAGCAACUUCGACCGCGACCGGCAGUGGGGCUUCUGCGCGCUGGAGGAAACCCGGCCGACCGCCUCCGGCCAAACGCCGCGCAGGAACACGGACCCGUGCGCGGUGAAUCCUUGUCAGAACGGAGGUGCCUGCACGCCGAUCUCGCACAGCCGCUGGUUCGAGUGCUCCUGUCCCGACAGGUUCACGGGGACCGUCUGCGAGAAGAAGAAGUGCUACGAAACCGCACACCUGCACUACUAUGACAUCGGAGAGUCUUGGGGACGGAUUCGCCUCCGCAAUGUGGAACAGUGCACGUGCGUGUCGGGGGAAAUCGAGUGCGAAAGGACUCGCUACUCCAUGUGCCGGUCGAACCCUUGCCAGAACGACGGAACGUGUCGCCUGAUCACUUCCACCGGCAAGGAAGUGUGCAACUGCCGCAGCGGCCACAGCGGGCCGCGCUGCGGCCUCGACCCCGAGGCCGAGUGCUACAACCACCGGGGCCGAGACUACCGAGGGCUGGCCAACACCACGCUGUCCGGCGCCAGGUGCUUGCCGUGGAACUCGGACCUGCUGUACGACGAGCUGCACGUCGGCGCGGCGGCCGCGUCGGCCCUCAAGGGCCUCGGAGAGCACGCGGUGUGCAGGAACCUAGAUGACGACAAGAUGCCGUGGUGCUACACACUACAUGAGGGCGCCAUCUCCUGGGAGUACUGCGACGUCCCGUCCUGUGUGAUGUCUGCGUGGGAGAACGAGCCGGCGACCAAAGCGAAAACACGCAGAAGAGCUUCUCCCCGAAGGAACAUCCCCAAAGACAGAGAAGCCAAACCCUCCGUGCUCGCCAAAACGACGGCGUGUGGCAAAAAGCACCAGAAGAGGCGAUCGGUCGCCAUGGGCCGGAUAUUUCUCGGGACGGCGGCUCUGCCCGGUUCUCACCCCUGGAUGGCGGCCAUUUACAUCGGGAAGUCAGACUUUUGCGCCGGCACCCUGGUCUCCUCGUGCUGGAUCGUCUCGGCGGCUCACUGCUUCUUCCGCAACCCCCUGAUGUCUCAGCUUCGAGUGGUGCUCGGCCAGCACAGUUUCAACGCCACUGGUCCCAACACUCGGACGUUUGGAGUGGAGAAGUACAUCUUUCCCAAGCAGUUCUCCGUGUUUAACCCGACGCUACAUGACAUUGUCCUGAUCAAACUGGCCAAGCAGGACGGGCGCUGCGUGAGGAGAACCCCGUUCAUCGCACCCGUCUGCCUCCCGGACAAAAGCACCACGUUCCCCGAUGGCUACUGCUGCACCAUCAGCGGCUGGGGACACAUCGACGAGAAGGCCGAGGGUUACUCCAGCCUGCAGGAGGCCGGGGUGAGGCUGGUUCCCCACGAGGUGUGCAGGAGGCCGGACGUUUUCGGCAACCACGUCACCGCCGACAUGAUCUGCGCGGGGCUCAGCGGCUGUGCCGACGCCUGCCAGGGCGACUCCGGGGGCCCUUUGGCCUGCGCGAGGAAUGACGUCAGCUUCCUGUACGGGAUCAUCAGCUGGGGGGAGGGCUGCGGCACCUCCGGAAAACCUGGUGUUUACACCAAGGUGGUGAACUAUAUCGAUUGGAUCAAUUCAGUGAUCAGACGCAAACCCAAGGCUUCGUGAUGGAACGUCACCCGGACAGUAGCUUUAAUAUAUGAGAUUUUAUACUGUUGUUUUUGUUUGCUUGUGGAAGUUUAUGAGUUAUCUAUUUCUAACUGUGAAACAUUUUGUGACUGAAUAAACCUUUACUGACUUUGUA